CACCAGUGUGCGAGGGGAGGGCGAAGGAACUGCGAUGACAGAAUCUAAACUCUAAAUUGGAAUAACCCUUGUUUGUCCUCAAGGUAUUAGUGAAAGUUUCGCUAAAAAGCGAAGUAAUCAACGGCGGGCUUGUAGCCUAUUAAUCAUCGGACGAUAAGUCUACGGGAAGUUUGAACACUACCUUUACAACACGGGCGUCAGAUGCGCCAACUCCCCGCGCGACAGGUUUUCGGAAGACGAAGAAGUAAGGAGUGUUUUCAGGGUUUUUUGGGCGACUUGGAGACAAUUUACUUUACCAUGAGAGAACGAACCUUGGUUUAGGAUUCAAAGACAAGGUUGCUGCCACACCCCUCCCCCCCUCUCCAUCCCAUUGGCUGCUGUUCCCCAGGGGGCGGAGCUCAGUAUGGGUUUAGAGCUGUGAGGCCAGACUGAGAAGACAGUGAAGCCUGACACACCCUCCGCCCGCCUCACAGGUGGCUAGAGGUCAGAGGUCGUAGCUAGGGGUCAUGGCGGGCCUGAGGAGGAAGCUGAAGUUUGUGGUGACGCUGAUGAUGGUCAAUCUCUUCAUUUUCAUCCUAGUGUCCCACAGCAGAGGACAGGACAAGAGCGGACACAACAAGGUCCGUGUCCCCUCCAAGCGCUUCUGGUCCAAACUGGCUCCUAGUCAGGCCUACUGGAACCGCCAGCAACAGAGACUGGACCUCCAACACAACCCUGUCCUCGCCUCCGCUAAUAACAACAACACUAGCGAUGAUGAUGUCAUCAGACCUGUCCCUGACUGGCUCAACGACACAGGGCUGAACCCUGACCCCUGCCAACCGGACUACAGAGUCACCACUCACGUGAAAGACUACAACUCCCUACCUCCCCGUUUUAAAGACUUCCUUCUCUACAUGCGCUGUCGGUCGUACCCUCUAGUGGUGGACCAGCCUCACAUCUGCCAAAAGACCCAGGGAGGGGAGCCGCCCUUCCUCCUACUGGCCAUCAAAUCCCUUGUUCCGCACUUUGACCGCCGCCAGGCCAUCCGCCAGUCGUGGGGUCGAGCCGGCGUCCUCGCCAACCGGACGGUUGUCACGGUGUUCCUGCUCGGCAACACCACAGCCGUGGACCACAACCCAGACCUGUCGGAGAUGAUGCGCUAUGAGAACGCUCGCCACCGCGACAUCCUCCAGUGGGACUACCGGGACUCGUUCUUCAACCUGACCGUCAAGGAGGUGCUCUUCCUGGACUGGAUGACCACAAGCUGCCCCGGUGCUCAGUUCAUCUUUAAAGGGGACGAUGACGUCUUUGUCAAUACGUUGAGGAUCCUGGGCUUCCUCAAGGGCCUCUCUGGGCCCCGGGCAAGGGACCUGUUCGUAGGGGAUGUGAUCACCAACGCGGGGCCACACAGGGACAAAAAGGUCAAGUACUUCAUCCCAGAGAGUUUGUUCGUCGGCACGUACCCGCCGUAUGCAGGCGGAGGGGGGUAUCUGUACUCCGGGGACCUGGCCAGGCGGCUGCAUGGGGCCUCGCAGCACGUACCGCUCUAUCCCAUCGAUGACGUUUACACAGGGAUGUGUCUGAGGAAACUGGGACUGGGGCCAGAAAAACAUAAAGGCUUUAAGACGUUUGACAUUGAGGAGAAGUACAGGAGUAACCCGUGUGCCUAUAAGGGUCUGAUGCUGGUACAUAGCCGGACACCACAGGAGAUGAUCCAGAUCUGGGCCUGGCUCAAUGACCCCGACUUGACCUGUCAGUAACUACCCAGCCGGUGUCCAUUUUGACUUCAGCUUUCAGAAACCGAGGACAACAGGUCGGCGGCCAUUUUGAUUUAGCUGUCGGUAACCAGUGAAGACAGGUGACUUGAACUGUCGGUAACUGCCUGGACCAGACACCACGACAGGUUUUCCAGAAAUCCAGGUUGGAAGAUUCCCAGACUGAGGAAGGAACAAGCAAGAAAUAAAGCAUCCUCCAACCAGGAUUCAUGGAAAACCUGGGAAUAUGGGGAAAGUGACCAGGUUUUUGCCACACUAUAAGACUUGAUUUGGACGCAUUCUGCACAAUAGAGAUAUCUAUAUAUUAUAAACCAAUACGUGCCUUUGUUUCUUGUUACCAAUUGUGUCAAUAUUAUAUGGUUCCUUUGAUUUGUUUCACCUGCUAUUUUCAGAACCAUGCCGUGUGUGGUUCUUUUGCUAUGACUUUUGAUUUUUUUCAAUAAAUAAUACUUUGCUGUUUUUGUA